GAGCCGAACACCCACCCCAAUCCACUAACCUAGCGAUGCCUCCCAAGCGCAAGUCCCCGGUUGCGACGGCGGCAGCCCCCGCAAUGCCGCCUAGGAUGACCCGGAGCAUGGCCGCCGGGAAGCGGGGCGCCGACGCUCCGGCUAAAAAGGAGGAAGCAGAGGCGGCGCCGGCGGCGGCCGGGGGGAAGGGCAGGAAGAAGGCCAAGAAGGAGGUGUCUGCGGUGGAGACGGUACUGUCGCCUCCUGCAGCGGCCAAGCAGAAGGUGAAGAAAAAUGCCAAGAAGGAGGUGGUGGCGGCCGCGGUAGAUGAUGGCGGUGCUGGCGCUGAAAGCGGGAAGCGCGUCAUCGUCGAGGCCUGGACAAAAUGGAUCUCCCAGACCUCAACUUCACUCCACCUGCAGAAGAUGUGGACGAAAUGGAUGAAGAAGCAGAAAAUGAAAUGGAAGGAGAUGGAGUGGAAGGAGAUGAAAUUGUUCAAAAUCCAGGUGCUGGGCAAAUUGGUAGAAAAAAUAAAACCCUCAAUGACCAGCAAAAAUUUGUUGCUUAUGUAGCAUUGCAUACACUAUGUAUGAGUAGAGGAGGCACUUUUAAGAAAACUGAUACGCAAGACAUUGCAAAUUUUUUUGGAGUGGGUGUUUGGAAUAUACAAAGAAUUUGGAGGAAAGCAAUGUUGCAAAUUGAACAAGGUCAAGAGGUAGAUGUUGCCGAUCAGAGAAAAGGAAAUUCUGGAAGAAAGCCUAAGGACAUUAACCUAGAAAAAAUCCUAACAAUCCCAUUAAACAGAGGUCUACUAUUAGAUCACUAGCCUGGCAACUGGGAUGUAGCCCUACCACACUUCAUAGAAAAUUUAUGUUGAAUUUGAUUAGGAGGCAUACAAACUGUGUGAAGCUGGCUUUAAAGGAAAAGAAUAAGAUGGAUAGGAUGAAAUUUUGUUUGUCGAUGCUUGAUGAGGCAACAACAGCAACUGCAAGGCCUAAGUUCAAGAUUAUGCAUAAUGUUGUCCAUAUUGACGAAAAGUGGUUUAACAUGACAAA